UAGAGUUGCUACGCACUUUCCUUGUUCAAUUUUUAAAAAAGGAACAUUUUAAAUUAUCGAAGAGUAUUGAAGCUAGGAGAGUCUUAUAUUGAGCUCCUGUAAUAGAGCUUUAUAAAAGUGGCAAUAAAUUUGUAUCAGUCAUCUCGGGCAUAUCCUCAUUGAUGAUCCAUGGAAAGUCUUCACAGUUUGGGUUUUCGCUGAGACCAACAUGGGCUGCUUCAUACGUUUGAAUCUCAAUGGAAAAAGUAGAGUCCUCUGGCAAUGGUUUCAGAUAAGCCUCACACAUGGACAAUUUUAAACAAAUUGUUCUGAGAUCUUCCUCUGUUUUUAAAUAAUACGGAUCCUUUCUGCAACAAAGAUCAAAAUGUUUAAAAAGAAUGCCGCCAUAUAAGAAGACUGAUUUAGAUAAACUAGCAUGGGCUUGGGUGGAAAAUGUUUCACCCGAAGAUAUACAGAAAAUACAUUUAGAAUCUGCCUACAGGAUAGGUUUAAAAGCAUGUAAAAAUUGCAAACGCAACUGUACGAAUAAUCCACAAUGUCUAACAGGCAUAGGCGAAGAAAAGUACAUGAAGUCUCAACUCGUAGAAGUAGCAUCUUUAGAAAGUUCUUUAUCCGAAUUACGUGACCCUACAGAGUAUGUUGGUUUAAAGAAUCUGGGUGCUACUUGCUAUGUGAACAGUUUAAUUCAAAUGUGGUUUCACAAUGAAGAUAUGAGGAGAAUAAUAUACAAGUGGAACAUCACAGAGGAUCCAGAAGAAAGGGAAGCGGUGUGUCAAGCUACGAAGGCGGGAGUACCAUUCCAUCCUGUGACAGCGGUCGGCCAGUUGCAAUACAUAUUUGCUAUGAUGCAAUUCGGAAAUCGACGACUUCUUGACCCAAUGAAUCUCGCGAUCGUGUUGUCUCUGGACACUAGAACGCAGCAGGAUGCGCAGGAGUUCUCGAAGCUACUACUGUGCCAUAUCGAAGGGAAACUGCAACAAAACGCGGCAUUGAAGCAGACGUUGCAGAGGCUGACACAAGGGAAAUACAGCUAUAUCAAUUGCUGUUCGAAGUGCGGCACCGAAUACCCGACCUCCACCACGUUCUAUGAGCUGGACCUGCAGCUCGCGGCUACCCUUAAGGAGGCGAUAGAGAAAUACUUGUCCGUGGAACAUCUAACCGGAGCGAAUCAGUAUCAUUGUGUUACCUGCAACGACAAAAAGGAUGCGCGGCGAUUUAUACGCUUGGAGUCCCUCCCCGAAACGUUGAACAUACAAUUAAUGCGUUUCGUCUUUCACAGAGAUUCUGGUCAGAAAAGAAAGCUGAACUCUUUUAUACAGUUUCCGGAGGACCUGGAUAUGUCCGAGUAUGUCAGAUGUCCGGUACAGACUCACGUGUACAAUCUCGUCGCGGUUCUGAGCCACAAAGGGCCAUCCGCACAUUCAGGUCAUUACAUUGCUAAUAUAUGUAAUUCGAACGGAGAGUGGUACCAGUUUAGCGAUGACAAAGUUGAGAAAAUGCAGAACAAACGGAUCGAAGACAGCGUGAAUGACAGUACAAAGGUUGUAAAACGUGGACGUGUCCCAAAGGGCUUCCUAUCAUCCAACACGGCGUACAUGCUAGUCUACAAAAAAGUGACUAUGGACAAUAGAAUGAACAACGUAAAGAAGACCAAGACGAAGAAAGCUGAAGUCGAGACUAAUAGUAAUAACGCGGAGGGUUAUAGCGAUAAAGAGAAACCAGACUCGUCGGACGAAGGAAAGCGCAAGAACGGACCAGAUUCUACUGUGCUUAAUUCUAGCGUUCCUAUCAAAGUGCCGAAAUUGGACGUAGAACGGAAUGCCAAGUCCGAGAAUGUAGUGUCUUCUUCGGAGGUUGUAGAUUCUACUUCCAACGAACGGAAUGGAAAACAUGAGCCAGACACCAAGGAAAAUCAUUACGAAGUUAAGAAUGCAAAAGUGGAUUAUAAAAGGCUAAACGGUGCUGCACAUCGAGCCAUGAGCUGCGGAGAGAGAGACAUUUAUGAAGAGAUGGAGUUUGAGAGUUGGGAAGUUAGUUCCACGUUACGCGAGUUAGUGAGGCAGGAGAAUGUGAAGCACGAAUUGAGCUUGUUGGCUAUCCAGCAAGAAAAGCAAAAGGAAGUCGAAGACCAGAAUCUGAAGAGACAGCUCGUAAUAGACAUUUACAACAUUAUUUCUAAUACAGUCUCUUGGGAUAAGUAUCAGUGGAUCCCAAGCGACUGGUUAUCAAAGUGGCUGAACGGCCACGCGUUUACCGAAGGCGUGCCGCCAAUAGACAACUCCACCUUGAUGUGUCCGCAUUUUCGACUCGAUCCACUGAAAGUGAAUCGCGCGAAGUGUCUACCUCUGCCAGCCGCAGAAUUAAUCUAUGAGAAAUACCGCGGUGGGCCGCGGUUAGAUCAAAACUCAUUGUGCGAGGUUUGCGUGAGGCGGCGAUAUAAGCUGCUCCGUUUUAAGAUCUCGUUGGAACGAGAUCACAAGGAGGUCAGCGAGCUUGUCCGAACCUUCAAGGAACCGACCGAGACAAGUUACGUAGUGGGCGCUGAUUCGUUGAGAUCAUGGCGGAGGCUAGCAAUGGAGAAGUUUAUAGAUGAAAUGGAGCAUGAGAUCCAAGACGAGGACGGUCAGACUUCUAACGAGCCGGAGGAGGAUAGUAAAAGCAGCGGUAAAGACAGCGAGGGUGCAAAAGAAGUGGAGGAGAGCGAAGAAAAUGAAGUGAUACUCUACUUCAACGAAGACCUGCUCUGCGAGCAUGGAUCCUUGAAAACCCCAGAUUCCACCAGGAAGGUGGUUCCAAGAGAAGCUUGGGUUACACUCCGGAAAUAUUUUCCAGAAUCGAAGGAGUACCCUAUUUCAUCUCCGUCAUGUUCCAUUUGCGAGGAGAAAAUGGAGAACGCGCAGAAGGCUAAGAAGGAUGACAAGAUCAAAGCGAAACAGCAAAAGGACGAGCUGAACGAUUUAUAUCAUGGACGAAAUAGAAACGAGAUACAAAAGUGCGAAGACCCUGAGAAGGUGUUCUUCAUCGUGGAGAAGGGCUUCCUGGACAGCUGGCGUUCCUUCGUUCGAUACGCCGAAGUAUUCUCGAAGGCGCCGCCAACGGGGAUCAGAAACGCUGUGUUGCUCUGCGAGCCACACAAAGGAUUUCUCUAUCUCACGAUCAACAACGAGCUGUACAGUAUAGUCACCGCGGAGGAGUGGUCGAAACUGAUGCAGUUCUACGACGUCGACUACCCGAUCACCAUCAGAAAACGCGGCUUGGAGUUCUACACCAAUCCCGAUCUCUGUCCGGCCUGCAUGCUGGCCAGGGUCGAGCAGGAGCGUCUGGAGAGCCUGAAGUACGACAGAGCGACGAUCUACGUGAAGUGCGUGGAGGACAACGAGGAGUCAAAGUCUGAAACCGACACGGAGGUGGCGGCAAAGAGACCGAAGAUGGAGAACGCCAGGCCCUCGAGGACCCGGAGGAACCUGAAGGGCUCGCACGAGCUCAAGGUCUCCUCGGAGAUCACCCUCAAGGAGCUGAAACUAAUGACAAUGCAGAUCUGUGGUGCUGGACCCUACGAUCAACACCUGAUGCUCGGCGAACACGAGCUCACCGAUCACAGUCAAAGUCUCGCGGCUCUCGGUAUCUUCCCCGGGGCGCUUCUCACCUUGAAGAUCGACACACCGAUUGAAAACGAGGCGGACGUCGAGGCGGAUGCGAACAACCCCGAGUCAACCUCGCCGGAAAAGGGUUUCAAGGGAACGGAAUUAGUGCCGAGCUGAUCUGCAUCACCGAGGAUCACGGGAUAGCCGAUCGUUUCGUGGCGGGAUGUUCAGUGACGAUAGCCGAUUUAAUAUAAAAUAUUUUUAUACGCGAGUUGAUAUGAUAUUCUAUAUAUAGAUAUAUAAAUAAUCUGUAUAUAUAUACUAUAUUAUAUGUAUAUGUUAAUGCAUACAAAUAUGUUAACGAGAGUGAUAGAGCGGAGGGAAGAGAGAGAGAGAGAGAGAGAGAGAGAGAGAGAGAGAGAAAGAGGAGGAGAGUGAGAGAGAGAGAAUGUGUGUUUCGUUUUCAAAUAAUUAUUUGCCACUUGCUAUGAACAUUUACGCGAACGGGAGUUCACGCAGAGUUAUCCAAAGACGACGUCGCCUGUGUGCAAUCGUUGGGACUCUUCCCGUGCCGGUCAUUGAAACGAUCGGCGAGGAGAAAGAGGCAUCAAUUAAAUUAAUCGAGACAAUAAUGUCUGAGGUUGAUUCGCACCGUGGCUCUUAGAGGCGCGGAAAUAUUAUUUAUUCUUCGAACCGAUCGAGCGACUCCUUGAGCACACGGUGUCCCGAUAUGAUCCUGGUUCAACGGGGAUGGAUUCCGUGACGAGUAGAAUCGGCCGGUCACGAUCAGACCAGAACCGAGAACAUAUUCAUUUCCGUGAUUUCCCGUUGGAUUUAUUACGCGACUCCUUGGGGCAUCGCGCGCGCGUCCUCCGCGAUAGUAUAACCACCGGUUCUGUCUUUAAUCCGAGGUGCUGAGUAGGCUUACGGGCGUAACUUUUCGCGAGACUUUAUACAUAUAUAUAUUCGAGAGAGCGAGAGAGAGAGAAGGCUCCGCGACGCGUCCAUCGGACGCGCGCCGCCGGUUUUUAUAGUUGAUCAUUGUACGUCUCCGGGGAGAGAGCGAAAGAAUGCGAGAAAGUAUUUACGGCGCUUGAUGAGGAAUCGUACGACUGCCUUUAGCGUGUUUUCCGGUCGAGAUGUGUCGUGUGCUGCACGGGAUGGUGUGUCGCUGUUAUCGCGUAGAAGAAUGGUGGUGCGCGGACGAUCUAGGAAUCGUAGGAAUAAUUUACUGUUCGUCGUAGAUACUGGAAAUAAAAAGGCACAGUAGUACUGACCAUGCACAUUAUAA